GGUUAUUCUUGUUUUUGGUGGACACAUUUCCUUGGCAAUCCCUGUCACUUUCUCCUGUCAACCACUUGCUCUCAUCAACUGCCUAGUUGAAGUUCAAGUUGUCAAUACAUUGAUCUCAUGACGAUUGUUACUUCUAUUUCAUGUUCGAGUCAUCACCGUCAUCAUGUCCAUCAUAUCUGAACACACAUUGUCAGAGGUUCCUACGAGGAAGGACGAGUUGCCUCCCGAUCUGCUGGCGUUGAGAACAUCCAACGCCGAGAAGGGUGUAAACAUCAUUGCUCAGACACCCAGCCGACCAUACUCGUACCGUGAAGAUGAGACAGUCUACGACCGCUUUACACCCGGUCGCAAGCGGCUCAUCACCGCCAUCGUAUCCUUCGGUGGCCUUGGCAUCAACCUUGCAUCAUUGCUUGUGCUGUCAGCGCUGCCGGAGGUGGCAGCGGCUUUCAACACGUCCGGAACCGUCAUCAAUUUCACCAAUGCUCUUUUUCUGUUAAUGAUGGGCAUUGGCGUUCUCUUUUGGGGCCCGUUAAGUCAAGUCUACGGUAGAAAAUGGAUCUUUGUCAUAUCGACAGUGUUGUUUUGCGCAUUUUCGCUGGCCACAGCGGUAUCCCCCAAUCUGCCAGCUUUCUUUAUCUUCCGGUCAAUCACUGCAUUUGCGGGAACAUCAUUCCUCAUUGUUGGAUCUGCCUGUCUCAGUGAUAUUUAUCGCCCGACUGAACGUGGUACGGCAUUGGGUUGGUUUCUUGGCGGCACCCUUAUUGGACCUGCUCUUGGUCCCUUCAUCGGAGGUGUCAUUGUCACCUACUCAACCUGGAAAUCUCUUUUCUGGUUCCAAGGCGCUCUCGGUGGCGCUGCUAUGGUCCUCGCGGUCGGCUUCCUUCCAGAAACGAGUCACGGAAGGUGGUCCGAGGAGUUGGAGGGAAUGACGACGAAAGAGAAAUUUGGCCAGAUUUGGGAAUGGGCCAACCCGUUCCGGGUCAUCAGUUUGUUUCGAUAUCCCAAAAUCCUCAUUGUGGGUGUUGCUGCAUCGUCAGUGCUGUGGAAUAUGCAGGUUCUUCUGACGCCAGUUCGUUACGUUAUCAACCCGAGAUUCCACCUCACCACUCCUCUACAGUCGGGAUUCUUCUUCUUGGCGCCCGGAGCAGGAUAUCUUGUCGGUACUUUCUUUGGCGGCCGAUAUGCCGACUACACCGUGAAGAAGUGGAUUGCGAAGAGAGGGAGGCGUAUUCCGGAAGAUCGUCUACGAAGUGCUUUCAUCGCUUUGGGCGUUGUCAUCCCAGCUACCACCAUCAUCUAUGGAUGGGCAAUCGACAAGGCUAAGGGCGGAAUUCCUCUCCCUGUGAUUUGCAUGUUUCUGCAAGGUGUUGCGCAGAUGGUCUGCUUCCCUUGUCUUAAUAGUUACUGUUUAGAUGUCUUCAGAGAGAGGGCAGCUGAAGUCAUGGCUGGCAACUACUUCAUCAGGUAUACCUUUGCUGCCAUCGGCACGGCGGUGGUACUUCCUGGCAUUCAGGGCAUUGGUGUGGGUUGGUUCUCCACAGUGAGUGCUCUCUUCGUUGCGAUUUCAAGUGCUGCUGUGUAUGGUGUUGUCAUCAUUGGUACGAGACAGAAGAAAACGGAGGAAAAGUCGGAGCGCGCCUGAACACAUGGAAUUGUUGGAGUUUCGAAGGGUACCUUACAUCAAUCAAGCUAAGUCUUCAGUUUCUGUUUUUUUGUUCACCUAGCAAACCUUUCCGUAG